GCAGCGUUCUCUCUGUGAUUUAGCUGCCAUUGUGUGAGCAAAUUUUCGUGUGUCAGUAUGCAGAGGGUCCCAUCUUUCCCUCCUGCCUCUGAGUGUGCUGGAGAAGAGAAACGAGUUGGUACACGCACAGUAUUUGUUGGCAAUCAUCCAGUUUCAGAAACAGAAGCAUACAUUGCACAGAAAUUUUGUGAUAAUAGAAUAGUCUCAUCUAAGUAUACACUUUGGAAUUUCCUCCCAAAGAAUCUGUUUGAACAGUUUAGAAGAAUUGCAAAUUUUUAUUUUCUCAUCAUUUUCCUUGUACAGGUCACAGUAGACACACCAACUAGCCCAGUUACCAGUGGACUUCCACUUUUCUUUGUUAUAACUGUUACAGCCAUCAAACAGGGAUAUGAGGAUUGGCUGAGGCACAGAGCUGACAAUGAAGUCAACAAGAGCACUGUUUACAUUAUUGAAAAUGCAAGGCGAGUGAGAAAAGAGAGUGAAAAAAUCAAGGUCGGUGAUGUAGUAGAAGUACAGGCAGAUGAAACCUUUCCCUGUGAUCUUAUUCUUCUAUCAUCCUGCACGAUUGAUGGGACCUGUUACGUUACUACUGCAAGUCUUGAUGGGGAAUCCAAUUGCAAGACACAUUAUGCGGUACGUGACACCAUUGAACUGUGUACAGCCGAAUCCAUUGAUACCCUCAGAGCAGCAAUUGAAUGUGAACAGCCUCAACCUGACCUCUACAAGUUUGUUGGCCGAAUCAGUAUCUAUAGUAAUAGUCUUGAAGCUGUUGCCAGGUCUUUGGGACCUGAAAAUCUCUUGUUGAAAGGAGCUACACUAAAAAAUACCAGGAAGAUAUAUGGAGUUGCUGUUUACACUGGAAUGGAAACCAAAAUGGCAUUGAACUACCAAGGGAAAUCUCAGAAACGUUCUGCUGUUGAAAAAUCCAUUAAUGCCUUCCUGAUUGUGUAUUUAUUUAUCUUACUGACCAAAGCUGCAGUAUGCACUACUCUAAAGUAUGUUUGGCAAAGUACCCCAUAUAACGAUGAACCUUGGUAUAACCAAAAGACCCAGAAAGAGCGGGAGACUUUGAAGGUUUUGAAAAUGUUUACCGACUUCCUGUCAUUUAUGGUUCUGUUCAACUUUAUCAUUCCUGUCUCCAUGUAUGUCACAGUAGAAAUGCAAAAAUUCUUGGGCUCCUUCUUCAUUUCAUGGGAUAAGGACUUUUAUGAUGAAGAAAUCAAUGAAGGAGCCCUGGUUAACACAUCAGACCUUAAUGAAGAACUUGGUCAGGUGGAUUAUGUAUUUACUGAUAAGACUGGAACACUCACUGAAAAUAGCAUGGAAUUCAUUGAAUGCUGCAUAGAUGGGCAUAAGUAUAAAGGUGUAACCCAGGAGGCUGAUGGACUCUCUCAAACUGAUGGACCCUUACCAUAUUUUGACAAAGCAGAUAAGAAUCGAGAAGAGCUCUUUCUGCGUGCCUUGUGUUUAUGUCAUACUGUAGAAAUUAAAACAAAUGAUGCUGUUGAUGGAGUUACAGAAUCAGCUGAAUUAACCUAUAUGUCCUCUUCACCAGAUGAAAUCGCUUUGGUCAAGGGAGCUAAAAGGUAUGGGUUCACGUUUGUAGGAAUGCGGAAUGGUCAUAUGAGAGUGGAGAACCAAAGAAAAGAAAUAGAAGAGUAUGAACUUCUUCACACCUUAAACUUCGAUUCUGUCCGCCGUCGUAUGAGUGUAGUUGUGAAGACUCAAUCAGGAGACAUACUUCUCUUUUGUAAAGGAGCCGACUCAGCAGUUUUCCCCAGGGUGCAAAAUCAUGAAAUUGAGUUAACUAAAGUCCAUGUGGAACGUAAUGCAAUGGAUGGGUAUCGGACACUUUGUGUAGCCUUCAAAGAAAUUGCUCCAGAUGAUUAUGAAAGAAUUAACAGACAGCUCAUAGAGGCAAAAAUGGCCUUACAAGACAGAGAAGAAAAAAUGGAAAAAGUUUUUGAUGAGAUUGAGACAAACAUGAAUUUAAUUGGAGCCACUGCAGUGGAAGACAAGCUACAAGAUCAAGCCGCUGAGACCAUUGAAGCCCUGCACGCAGCAGGUCUGAAAGUCUGGGUGCUUACUGGGGACAAGAUGGAGACAGCCAAAUCUACCUGCUAUGCCUGCCGCCUUUUCCAAACCAGCACCGAGCUCUUGGAACUGACCACCAAAACCAUCCAAGAAAGCGAACGGAAAGAAGAUCGAUUACAUGAGUUGUUGAUUGAAUAUCGUAAAAAGUUGCUGCAUGAAUUUCCUAAAAGUACUAGAAGCCUUAGAAAAGCAUGGACAGAACAUCAGGAAUAUGGAUUAAUCAUUGAUGGCUCCACGUUGUCUCUCAUAUUAAAUUCUAGUCAAGACUCUGGUUCUAACAAUUACAAAAGCAUUUUCCUACAAAUUUGUAUGAAGUGCACUGCAGUGCUCUGCUGUCGGAUGGCACCGUUACAGAAAGCCCAGAUUGUGAGAAUGGUGAAGAAUUUAAAAGGCAGCCCAAUAACACUGUCGAUAGGUGAUGGUGCCAAUGAUGUUAGUAUGAUCUUGGAAUCCCAUGUGGGCAUAGGUAUCAAAGGCAAAGAAGGUCGCCAAGCAGCCAGGAAUAGUGAUUAUUCUGUCCCAAAGUUUAAACAUUUAAAGAAACUGCUGUUGGCUCACGGACACCUAUAUUAUGUGAGAAUAGCACACCUUGUACAGUAUUUCUUCUAUAAGAACCUUUGUUUCAUUUUGCCACAAUUUUUGUACCAGUUCUUCUGUGGAUUCUCACAACAGCCACUGUAUGAUGCCGCUUACCUUACAAUGUACAAUAUCUGCUUCACAUCCUUGCCCAUCCUGGCCUACAGUCUACUGGAACAGCACAUCAACAUUGACACUCUGACCUCAGAUCCCCGAUUAUAUAUGAAAAUUUCUGGAAAUGCCAUGCUACAGUUGGGCCCCUUCUUAUAUUGGACAUUUCUGGCUGCAUUUGAAGGAACAGUGUUCUUCUUUGGGACUUAUUUUCUUUUUCAGACUUCAUCCUUAGAAGAAAAUGCAAAGGUAUAUGGAAACUGGACUUUUGGAACCAUUGUUUUUACAGUCUUAGUAUUCACCGUAACUCUGAAGCUCGCCUUGGAUACUCGUUUCUGGACAUGGAUAAACCACUUUGUGAUUUGGGGUUCUUUAGCGUUUUAUGUAUUUUUCUCAUUCUUCUGGGGAGGAAUUAUAUGGCCUUUUCUCAAACAACAGAGAAUGUAUUUUGUAUUUGCUCAAAUGCUGUCUUCUGUAUCCACAUGGUUGGCCAUAGUUCUUCUAAUAUUUAUCAGCCUUUUCCCUGAGAUUCUCCUGAUAGUAUUAAAGAAUGUAAGAAGAAGAAGUGCCAGGAAUCCGAAUCUUGAACUGCCUAUGUUAUUGUCCUACAAGCAUAUUGACAGUGGUUACAGCUAAAAGAAAGCAUGAAGAAGCAACUACAAAAAGUUAUCAUCUCAGGAUACUUGAUAUGCAACAAACUAAACCACUAUCUUAUGUCUAAGGUUCAGAAUAAAUGUCCACUAAGAUACCAAAUGACUCUCUUAAGCAUUUACAGUUAUUGUAAGUAGCCGUUAUGGCCAAAGCUCUAAGUUAUGAAUUACAUGAAGGUUGAAAGCAAGAAUAUUUAGAAUUUCUGGCUUUAGGUAGAAUAAAAUAACUACCAGAUGGGUGCUCUUUUAACCCAUGAACUCUGAAUGGAUUUAAAUACAGUAGUAUAAAGUAGAAGUCAUGCAAUGGGAAUGAAUAGAUUUUGCUAAUAUUACUUUUUUUGCCUGGCAGAAGAAAUAGGCAAUUUGGAUCACAUUUCUUGUUCCUGCUGAAUGAUAAUGUUAAAUUAUUUUUUUUCAACAUAUGAAAGGAAUACUUGAAAAUAUGAGGACUAAAUCAGUGCAUCAGAUAGUAGUUAAUCCUUUCUGUUCACCCACAUGCUAAUUUUGUCUUGAUAGAAUAUCCUUGCCAAAAAAUAACUUGAAAGGUGGAAAGAACGUUAACCCUGGGUAUUUUUGCAAAAAUCAAAAGAAAUUAUUUAUUUUUGUUCUUCUGGAUUACACUUAAUGAGUGUAAGGCUACUAGAUUUGAAAAGAAAGCAUUUCCAAUCAGUAGCUCCUCAAAAUAGUUAAGAUAUAAUAGAUUUUUCCAACAUUAGUUUUACUGGGAUCUGAGGCAAGAUGGGCAAAACCACAGUUACAUAAAAAUAAAGGCCAUUCUGAACAUCAGUCUUUUAUAAAUUUUUUUGUGGAGAGGAAGGAAGAAUAGCUUAAUUUCAAACUGUUAAUGGUUUUUAUUUGAAAGAGGUUGCAUCUGUGCAUAUAUGCAACACUUUUUCUUUUUUUAACUUGCUGAUUUGGGAGGAGGAAGGGUCCGUAGCACGACGCUGAACAUGAUGAAUGUUGUCUCUCUUAGCAAACUUGGCUAGAGUAAUGGUCUAACUCUAAACCACGAGAUUCACCUUGGUAAAGUCCUUGACUUGCUGGACUAGAGGGAGGUUUCAACCUCCUAAGGAGUUCACCUAAAACAUAUAAAUGUGGUAUGUCUUUAUUAAAUGUUAAAAUUAAACACACGGGCUUCCCUGGUGGCGCAGUGGUUGAGAGUCCACCUGCUGAUGCGGGGGACAUGGGUUUGUGCCCCAGUCUGGGAAGAUCCCACAUGCCGCGGAGCGGCUGGGCCCGUGAGCCGUGGCCGCUGAGCCUGCGCGUCCGGAGCCUGUGCUCCGCAACGGGAGAGGCCACAACAGUGAGAGGCCCGCGUACCGCAAAAAAAAAUAAAAUAAAAUAAACACGCGCUUUUUUUGGAUAUAAGUGACUACAUUUGACUACUAGAUUGAAAUGGUCUUUUAAAAGGUAUUUUCUUACCAGUUUCCAUUCCUGGUUGUCUUCCUGGCAUGCCUGUACUAUUAUUAGUGUUUAUAUUGUACCUUGAUUUGGAGAAGUAUUAGAUUCAAUCUAUACCAGUGUAUUUAUAAAGUCCAUAUGGCACAUUUGAUUCUUCCAUUUAUAUUUUGUGUUAAUAUUUAGGUGUAAUUUUUCUUAAAUUUUAGAAAGGACAUAAUUUCAGUUGUCAGAAACCAUUCCAUCAUUACUGACCCUUUUUCAUUAUUUCAUUUGUUCUCAUCUAUCAGUAUUAUUUUUGAGUAUUUUGUUAGGUGCCAUCACCCCUUCCUAAGUGUGCUGUGUUCUAGUAGCCUAGUAUUUGGGGCAGUCUGCUGAAAACCAGGUCAAUAUAUUCUUUACCUAUUCCAAAGAGCUAAAAAAUCAGACCCAGGAAAGUUUUCGAUGUUUUGUUGUUCUUGUUUUUAUUGUUGUUGCUGUAGUUAUUGUUGUUUUACAUAAGAAUUAUAAGGACUGUGAAUACAAAGAGCCAACCUUAAAUAGAGAGGCUUGUUUAAUGCAGACCAUGGAGAUUUGACAUAAUCAGAAUAUCUAGCGUAGUGGAAAUAUAACUGGUGGCAUGUAAAAUUCCUUGCAUCCUGGAAGAAAGACAAGGGAUGUAGUGUUGUGUCUAAUAAGCUACACAUUACACUGCAGCUCAAAUUCACGGUGGCAAUGAUGUGUAAUAUCAUGGCCUAGAUCCUUGAGAGGGACCUGACUUUAUUUUUUGAAAGAUAUUUUAUUAGUCAGCAAAAAAAUUGGUUAGUGUGGGGUUAGCAGAUGGAAUAACUUGAAGUAAGCCAUCCAGUAUUCCUAUCACUACAAUAACCACCUUAUUUUGUGUCAGAGAAAGGGGUAAAAUGUAAUAAUAGGAUCAUAUACCCAUCAUUUGAAUAAUUUUGAACUACAAAAUGUCCUUGUAGUUUUCACAGCUGUUCUCCACUGUUUGAGGAUGUUACCUACGAAACUGAAAACAUAAAUUCCAUAUCUACCACAUUUACACCAGCAACAGUAUAAAAUACAAGCCUGAAUUUGCAAAAUCCAUAAUAAUUUAGUGAUGGAACUUUUUAAUAACAUGCAGUAUAUAAAUGCAGAUUUUAUGCAAGUGUUGACGAAAUCAUUUUUCAGCUUGCAAAAUGGAACUGCAAUAUUACAUUUUUCACUUCAGCAAUUUUUUACAUCGUUUUUGCUUUCUAUAAUGAAUGUGAAUGCCAUCUUUUACGAAUGCAACUUGCCUUUUUCAUUACAGAAAUUUUGUUUGAUGUAAUCAAUAAACUUUGGUAUGAUAUGAUUGAUAUUUUUAGCCUCUUUUUGGGGAAGGUCUGUCUGACGUAAAAGUAAUAUGGAAGCAAUUUGGUGAUGGGAAAUAAGUUUCUAAUUUCCUCUUUGCCUGUACAACUCAAAAAGACUGACCAUUUCUGCAUACGUUCAACUAGCACUUGAGGGCAAUACCUAAUUUGGGGAGUUUCCGAUAUUUGUGGGAGUUUUGAAUAAGGCUGUAGCUGGUGGCUGCAUGCGUAAAAGUCCAGCCAAAUCAGCAAAUACAUAUUGAAAGUCUGCCGUGAGCUUGGCAGUGCUCACUCGUUGGAGG